UCAUCUUUGACCGCGAUGGCGAGCACCGUCCUCGACGACUACGACUCCCUUGACAUUAUUGGCAAUGGAUCCUUUGGUAUCAUCCGCAAAGUCCGACGUAGGUCGGAUGGGAAGGUAUUUGCCCGGAAAGAGCUCAAUUUUGAGCGUAUGACGGAGCGAGAUAGGAAACAAAUAGUUGCUGAAGUAAACAUUCUCAAAGACCUGGACCACACCCACAUUGUACGAUAUCAUGACCGACAUGUUGACCGCGACGCUGGCGUCCUUUACAUUUUGAUGGAGUACUGCGGUGGAGGAGACUUAUCCUCCGUGAUAAAGAUGGCUGCGAAACAGAAUCGUCCAGUGGCAGAAGACGCUAUCUGGCACUACUUUUACCAAAUACUGCUGGCUCUCAACCAUUGUCACAACACGGGUGGCCAUGGCCGGACCAGUAGCGCCGGGAGUGCUAGCGAACUUGAAGGAAAAGACCGCAGAAACCAGAUCCUCCACCGUGACCUCAAGCCUGACAAUGUCUUCCUCGACGAGAACAAUACCGUCAAACUCGGUGAUUUUGGUCUCUCUAAAGCUCUCUCCACCGCAAGCUUCGCCAAUACUUACGUCGGGACACCAUAUUACAUGUCCCCAGAGCUUAUGCAAGAAAAAGCUUAUGAUUCCAAGUCCGAUAUCUGGUCUCUUGGCUGCCUCAUAUAUGAGCUCUGCGCCUUGAAACCCCCAUUUCACGAAGCGCAAACCCACAACGAGCUCAGUUGUUUGAUCCGGAGUGGUCGUAUACCUCCUUUGCCCCGAGGCUACUCUCAGCAGCUGUCGACAGUGAUCAAGGCUAUGCUCAACCUCAAUCCUGCUAUGCGGCCAUCAGCUGCUCAAUUACUGCUCCAUGAACGGAUAGAAUGGGCUAAGAAAGUCGCAGAAUCGGAGAAAACCCUCAACUCCCUCAAGACUCAUCGUGCCGCCCUUCACGUCCGGGAACGUGACUUAAUGACUCGGGAGAAUGCUCUCAAUGAGAAGGAAUCUCAUAUCACGGAGUUGAUACAACAACGCGAUGCCCAGAUUCACUCGCUCCAAUCACAAUUGCAAGAGUGCCAGACUCAACUGCAUCAGGCACAAGUACAUAUCGAAAAUCAGCCAAGUCUCAGUGACAUACAAGUUGCGGUGAAACAACGAGAAGAAGAGCUUCGAGUCCUAGUAUUGCAGCGCGAGGAGGAGGUCAGCCGCUCAAUGCAGAGACGAGAAGAUGAAAUUAUGGAGGCUAUUCGACGACGAGAAGCCGAGGUUCUGGAUGCGUGGAGCAAGCGAGAGGAGGUAUUGAGAGAGGAAUUCCGCGCCAUCUUGGACAACGAGCUGGAGGCACGCGAAAAAGUUUACGAGGAGAGAGAUGAGGAAAUGCUAAGAAGAGAAGCCGCAGUGAAAGAACAGGAGGAAAAUCUGACCAACACGAAAGCAUUACUAGAAGAGAAAGUACGGAAUUUGGAGGAUAAACCCAAUGAUGUCAAGAAGGAUCGUGCACCGUUAGACGAGAUACAGAACAUUCUUUCUCGUGCCGCACAUCAAGAGACCCCCAAGGUUGUGAUGCAAUCAAGAGCACCUCCAAAGGGCAAUCAACUUUCAACACCACUACCUCGCAGCGCUCAAAUGUCGGCUAUGAAAGGCGUGGUAUUAACAACAACUGGCGAAGCGUUGGCAACACCAUCCCCGGUCGAGCUAGUUGCGAUGUUUGACUUGACGAGGCGCUUCGAGGAUGAGGUCAUGGCGUCGCCCAAGGUUGGGCUCAAUUUCGCUCAGGUGUUCGAUUUCGAGAACAAAGAGAGAGUGGAUCUGACAGCGAGACUGCGAGAUGCCCAUCUCGAAUCGGAAAGUGAUGCGGACGACGAAGAGACAACAGGAACUCCUAUCGCUGCCCAAACACGCCCGCCACAGCGCAUGUCAAGAAGCCGGACACUCGAUUCUGAGGUAGCCCCGCCAACUCGCAUUCGCCGACCAUCUAUUCGUACUGGGAGGAGACCAACAUUGCCAGCAUCUGUCUCUGAUCCCACCGGAAUAUCCGAUUCAGAGUCAUCAAGCUCUCAGACGAAGCAGCAUCGUCCAAAACCAUUACCUCAUCCUCAUCUCGGUUCAACCUCCGGUUCCGCUCCAAAUGUCGUCAGAACGGCAAGUGCGCCUGCGGCAAGUUAUGAUUUGGCGGACGAAGAGAAUUUACCCAGUCCGUUUUUGAAGCGGACAGAGCGUGAACGAGCGGGGGCUCCAUCAUCGGCUUCGGUUACUGCUGGCAGUCCGACCCCUGUUAACAGUGGACCUCGUAAAACGUUAACGAGGAGGCAAAGUGGGGUCAAUGCGCUUCGAGUUGUAGCAGCAGCCAAUGUGACUGCAGUUAAGCAACGGGGAUCGACUGGUGGUGCUCCACGGUCAUCGAUUUCGCGGGCUGGGUCAACUGGAUAA